AAUGCUAGCAUAGAGUUUGUUUGUGUUUAAAAGUCCAUAUUUUGUUCAAAAUUCUGCACAUGUAACAUAUUUCGAGCGCAAUCUCGCAAUCCACAAAAUAUGAUGAGUCCAAAGGUGGAUCAUUCAAAACACUAUCAAGAUUGGCUCGUAAUUGACGAGUUGGCGUUCACAAGUCCAAAAAUACACAAAAGCAGAGGCCCUGGUCUGGAUUCCACUGCUGACUUUGGUUGCGACACAAACGAGAACGCGAGCAUUAUGCAAAGGUUUCGAGAAAUCAACAAGGAAACCGCCGAUGACCUGGAAAAGAUACGGGCAAAGUUGCAGCAGAUUGAGAAUAACCUGCAGGAAUGCAACGCCGAAAGGUACUUGCAGGCUGACCCAAACUUUGACCAUUUGGACCGACUCUUGGGGGAGGCUGUAAAGGAGGUUGUUGAGAUGCAAAAGGGAGCCAAUACUGCAGUGUUGGAGUUAACAAGGUCAGUGGAAAGGAUUGACAGUUUGGUGAACAAGACAGAAGACCUGAGGGAAAAGUCGGAAAACUUUAGAAGAGUCGCGCAAAAUGUCGAUUCCGGCUUAUCCUUCAAGGUAAAGCUCCUAAUUGCUGCCAUUGCCUUAAUCGCAAUCAAAAUAUUAUUCUCACUAUGGCAGUAAAAUGGUCCACAUGGAUGAGGCUCUAUAGGAUGAUUGCCAGCGUCCUACCAAUGGCAUGGUGAUUAAAGUUGUAAUGAUG